UGUAGAUCUUUUUUUUCGUCCGCCAGUGGUCUGCGGAACCGGAACAGACGCGCCAUGGGACGAAGGGCGCUGUUGAGGGCUCUUCUGGUCUUUUGCGGCGUCUCCUUUGGAGGGGCCUUUGAAAGCUUGGAGUCCAAGAAAGAGAAGGACCUGCACGAAUCUCGGAUCAUCCUCCGCUAUGCGACGUCCACUCCGCAAGCGGAAUCUCUUCAAUCUCGUGUCAAACAUCUUGAAAAUCUUCGAGGAGUGAGUAAGGCUGAAGCUCUACCAAGCCUGGACAUGGCCGUGGUGGUUUGCAAGUCGCCCGAAGAUGAGGAUGAGGUGCUUGAGGCACUGCAGUCGGAAGAUGGAGUUGAACUAGCAGUACCUGACACUUGGGUAGAGCUGGACCAAAGCAAGAUGUGCUCAUCCCAUCCGAAGUGUAAAGCCUUGGGAUUGACACAUGCUUGCUGCCCCGCGAGUGAUGGAGCCUGGCUGGAAUGUUGCGACCCACCAGAGGAUAAGCACACCGAAGAGCAUGGCUUCAGUACCAUUUCCCUUCAAAGUUGGCAUGGCGGCUACAUUUCCGCCUUCCGAUGGGGCUCUGUCGGCCACUCCCCUGAUCUGUGGCGCGGGGAGACACGCUUCUACGUGGUGCCGCAUUCGGAUGGUUACGUCUCCCUGAAGACUCAGCAUGGAGCUUACCUGGUCGCCAGCCCCCCGGGCCGCCUCGAAAGUUGGCAUCGGGGGCGACAGGAGGCCGACGACUUCGAGAAGUUCAAGCUGAUCUACAACAAGGAUGGCAGCGUCUCCUUGCGCAGCAAGUCUUCUGACAAGUAUGUGGCUGCCGAGAUGCCUGAUUGGGGAGUGCUCUCAGCCGAUCGGGAUGAGAUUGAUGACUGGGAGAAGUUCAACGUCACUGUCAACCAUGGCUGGGACACUGUGAUUCCCAACGAUGAGAAGUUUGAGAAGCUUUGGGGUCUGAACCACUAUGGUGGUCGCGACAUCGACGCCCCGGAAGCGUGGAGGUUUUUCCCGGCACCUCCCAGCAAUAGCAUCGUCGUGGCGGUGAUCGAUACAGGGAUCGAUUACACCCAUGCUGAUCUGAAAGAUCGGAUGUGGGUGAAUCCAAAUGAGAUUCCGGAUAAUGGGAUCGAUGAUGAUGGCAAUGGCAUCAUCGAUGACGUCUACGGCGCAGACUUCGCGAACGGCGAUGGCGAUCCCUUCGACGAUCAGAUGCACGGUACUCACUGCGCCGGCACCAUCGCAGGCCACGGCAACAACGGCGAAGGGGUAGCCGGCGUGGCCUGGUCCGGCGUGAAGCUCAUGGCGCUGAAGUUCCUCUCGGCCACUGGUGGCGGGCGGACCUCGGAUGCCAUCAAAUGCCUCAACUAUGCCGUGGCCAUGGGCGCCAAGAUCACCAGCAACUCCUGGGGUGGCGGCGGCUCCUCUUCGGCCAUGCGGGUGGCCAUCGAGCGCGCCGAGCGUGCGGGCGUGCUCUUCAUCGCCGCCGCGGGGAACGAGGGCUCCGACAACGACGCGAUGCCGCACUACCCGUCGAACUACGCGGCCAGCAACGUGGUCUCGAUCGCCUCGACCACGAAGACCGGGAGCCUGUCCUCCUUCUCGUGCUAUGGGCAGGAGACGGUCGACGUGGCGGCCCCGGGCAGUGCCAUCUACUCCACGAUCCCCAACCAGAAAUAUGCCUCCUUGAGUGGCACUUCGAUGGCCACGCCCCAUGUGAGCGGCCUGGCUGCCUUGAUUUGGCUCUACCGUCCCAACCUGGCCAUGUCGCAAGUCAUCGACAUCAUCCUGGACUCCGCCACGCGCGAGGAUGCCCUGCUCAACAGCAGUGUGACGAGUGCGCGGAUCAAUGCGCGACGCGCCUUGUUGCUGGCCUCCAGAUACCGGGGAUUACAACCGCCGGUGCACAAACCUCUAGGCUUGAGCUUCGAAGACACUGACCCUGAGGUGGGGCUGCUGGCGGGAGAUGCCAAGAUUACACGGGCAUGGGAUGAAAGCGACAUCGACUACUACAGUUUGCAUUUCAUCUCUUCUGCGGGCUUCUUGCUGGACACCUUGGCCACGGUGGAGAAGACAGCGGAGCUCGGGCCUGUCUUGACCAUUCCCUUGGUGAAUUUGACCAUCCCCAAGUACGCCGCCAAGCUGGCGGUGGUCGCGGGCAACGCGACUGGCCGGGCCGAGCCCUUCAUGGCGGUGACCACUGAGAUCAAGGACUACUGCGUGCCCCAGUACGGCCCCAGUCGUGCCCAGUGGCUGGGCGAUGCGGAUGGGCGCCCCGGCUUCGUGGCGGGCGCGCUGCAGUUCCGACGCGCCAGCUCCGAGAAGUCGCUGACGCACUACAACGUCUAUUGGCACCGCGCGGCGGCCCUGGCCGCUCCGCAGGGCACGGACGCGGCCGAGGAGACCACGGGCUUCUUGGGCAAGGUGCCGGCCUCCGGCUUCGAAAGGCCCAGUUGUGAAGGCGAUUGUGAGUUGCUGGAGAUGGCUGUGAGUGGUGAUACCUAUGUCUACGAAAGGAAAGCCUACGACAACAACGAGAUGGCCAGGAUCAGCUUCAGCGGUCCAGCCACCGUGGUGGUCACGCGCUUCCGCACGGAGAAGUACUACGACUUCCUGGAGGUGGAUGAUAUGCAACUCACGGGCACCAAGCUGGCACUGCCGAUGAAGAUCAAGUUGGAGGCUGGGCCUCACAGCAUCACUUGGUCCAGUGAUCGCAGCGAGACCGAAGAGGGAUGGAGCUUGGAGCUCCACCAGAAAGGGACCACGGCCGAGUACCAGCUGGCCUCGAUCGAGCCGCCGGUCAUGGAGCUCUCCGUGGUGGCAGCCUUCGACGACACCGAAGGCGCGGCUCCGGCGCUGGGACGUCUCGAGGACUUCGACGCCUCGACGAUGCCGCCCUCGGCGGCGCUGACGGCGCGGGACCUGCGCUUCGUGGACGGCAACGUGCAGCAAGACCUGAUGACCGGGAAGAUCGAGUUUUGGCCACCCCAGCACGGCUCAUCCUCGGUGACGUUCUACCGGGUCUACUUUGCCGAUGCCCAGGGCGCGGCGCUGCCAGACUUUACCUGGAAGUUGGAUGCGCCGGACAGCAGUGACCAGAUGCUGCACAUUGACAUUGACACCCAGAAGCCUGCGGCGGCGACCACGAUCGUGGUGGUCUCGGGGAAUGACCAUGGAGAAGGAGCAAAGACGCAGAUUCCCUUGCUCGACAUUGUGAGGAGUGCCCCUUUGAACGCCACCUUCUCUGGGGACUCUGAUCCGGUGGCCGACCAAGUGAGGGGGGAUGUCUACAUCACGGCGGCACCGGUGACGACUGGCAUCACCUCCUACACCAUCUACUUGGGCAACGGCACCAAGAAGGACGAGAUUUUGGGCCGAGUGUCCCCACUUCCGGAGCCCAUCAUCUUCUCCUUCCAUGUGCGCCUGGAAGCAUAUCAGCGGAGUUUGAUUGUGGUGAGCACCUACGAUGAUGUCGAGAUGGAAGAAGGUGUUCAUCUUGACUUCGAGGAUUUUGUGGACACCAGCGAUCUAGGCUUUUCCUGGCGUACCGGAGCGAACGGGCGUUCGCUGAGUCCAAGCGAGCAGAAGGAGACGGAGCCGUGGCUCCACCAUGGUCAACGCAGAUGGAAUGAGAGGAAGGUCUUGUGGAGCGAGUCGACGGAUGAACCCGACUCGGCAGAGAGCCUCAGCAAGUCGUCGAGGUCCUCCGGGAGCGGAAAGAGGUCAGCGACGUCGAAGAUGGCCUUGAAGGUGAAGGGAUCAUUGACCAUUCCAGGUUUGCCCGUGAGUUCCGAUGCCAGCGAGAUGAGUGGCACGACGAUCCCACCGAGCCUGGAAUUGCGACAAGCCUUGCUGUCAUCUCUGGCAGAGGUCUUGAGCUUGGACACCGCUCAGCUCAGACUCACACAGGGCGAGCGUGCCGCCUGCGAGACGUUGAAGAGAGGAGCCACCGAGCCCGGCACCCGAAGGCUUGGGAAUUUGCUCGACUCCCAUCCCGUGUGCCUCUUGGUACACUUCGAAGUCCUUCCUGAUGGAGAAGUUGCAUUGCAUCCAAAGCUGACGCAAGAUUUCCUGGAUCGUGUGGAAGCGAAGAUGAUUCGAUUGAACCAGGGCCAUCAUCAGGCAAAACUCGAUGCGGCUCUGGCACACCGUCUUCACGGCCUCACGACCCUAACCGACCUUCAUGCUUUGAUCGGAGAGCCGCAGCAGGUCGCACCUAAGGCGCGGUCGAGAGGCGGCUCCGGUCGUGUCUUGAGUACCUUCGAGGAGUCCGGGACCGUGGUGACGAUCAAGGAGUCGGAACCAGGUGAGGAACCAGGAUACAUUUUGGUCGCCGUUCUCAUCGGAGCGGUGCUGGGAACCCUCGCCGUGGCCUGUGCCGCGCGGACGGCCCGGAAGGAACGACUUCUUCAGCCGGAACGGACGGCGGUGGAUCCAGUGGCCCCGGAUGAUGUGAGUGUUCAUCUUGAUGCGCGUGAAUGAGGAUGAGAAGGUUUUCUUCCUGAGGUGCUGGAUGAAGAAGUAAGCCAUCUAGCCAUCUACAUCAAUCUACAGCACGAAACGUGCGACCAAUCAUCGAAUUUGUGAAUUAGAUAUCUUGACAAGCUUGAAUUCGCCAAAACUGGCAGUUCUUCAGCUUGGCUCGGGGUGCUAAACUGACCAAUAUUUAGAUUGGUUUAGUCGGCUGCAAGUUGUCCCCACAAAAGCGAGUAUGUUUGAAAAGUUCCUCUUCGUGCCUCG